GGGGUUACAUGCCGGCCUCCGGGGCGGGGGCAGGGCGCGCAGUAGCCCGCAGUCUCUGAAAGCCCCGCUGCCUCUCCGGAGGUGGGGGUGAGGGGGUGCGGUUGGCCGCCCGCUCACCUGGGCCCCGCCGGACACCGCCCCCUCCUCCGCCCCCGCCCCCGUCCCGCGCCGGUAGAGGUCUGGGCAGCUGGGCGCGGCGCAGCCUGGGCUGCUUCGAGCCGCUGCGCGCCGCUACCGCCUGCGCCUCCGUCCUCGCCGCCCCGGGCCGCCAUGACGGCCGCCGUGUUCUUUGGCUGCACCUGCAUCGCCUUCGGGCCGGCCCUCGCUCUCUACGUCUUCACCAUCGCGUCUGACCCGCUGCGCAUCAUCUUCCUCAUUGCCGGAGCAUUCUUCUGGUUGGUGUCUCUGCUGCUCUCCUCCCUCAUUUGGUUCGUUGCAGUAACCCUUAGUAGCACCAAAGAUGAAUCAGUGCAGAAAGGGUUGCUUAUCUUUGGAGUAUUGUGUUCAGUCAUAAUCCAGGAGGUCUUCCGGUUUGCAUAUUAUAAACUUUUAAAAAAAGCAAAUAAGGGUUUGAUGACUAUAAGCCAAGAGGAAACAUCACCCAUUUCUAUAAGGCAGCUGGCCUAUGUGUCUGGCUUAGGUUUUGGAAUCAUGAGUGGAGUAUUUUCCCUUGUUAAUAUCCUGUCUGAUUCCUUGGGACCAGGAAUAGUGGGCAUACAUGGAGAUCCUCCUCAGUUCUUCCUUGCAUCAGCUUUCAUGACUCUAGUUAUGGUUUUGCUGCAUGUCUUCUGGGGAGUUGUGUUUUUCGAUGCAUGUGAGACUAAAAACUGGUGGGCACUAAUCGUGGUCAUCAUGAGUCAUCUGCUGGUGUCAGGUCUGACCUUCCUGAAUCCUUAUUAUAAAGCCAGUUUAGCAGCAUCAUAUGUUAUCAUGCUGCUCAUGGGUGUCUGGGCAUUCUUCACUGCUGGUGGCUCUUGUAGAAAUUUGAAACGAUGCCUGUUGUGCCGAGACAAGGACUUCCUUCUUUCCAACCAGCGUGCCAGAUAACAUCUGAGAAUUGGGACCUCCCUGAACAGCUUUCUGUGUUUUUAGAGGAAGCACAACUGUGCCUUUUUCUAAAAUUCUUUUUCUGGUUGAAAUUAGAAGGAAAAAAUACUAACUAGAUACGUGAUUCUCAUCUAAUAAGGCUUCUAUCCAGCAGCUGUCUGAAAUGCAUACAUGAAUGAUAACUCCCUGGGGCAAGUCCAAGAAUAUAUGAAAGGAAUGUGUAGCUGUGUCUUUAUACAUUCAGUAUGGUUAAAUCAAGGAUAUACUGCUUGCUGAACCUGCAUCUUUUAAGUUAUGGAUCCACAAAAAGUUAAAGGGCUUUAAUUUCUGUGGUCCUUUUUGUGUACAUUAUUAAAGCAUAUCCCUUUUAGGGUUAGAUUAAUUAAGGUAAUCAGAGCUUAUGAGACAGAAUAGGCUCUGGUUCUAAAUGUUCUUUACUCAAAAUAAGAUGUUUAUUCAUAGCUGUGUUUUUGAAGGUUUUUCCCUAUUCAGAAUUGACUUUGGAGAUUUAAAAAUUAUUUUUGAAGUGUAGGGAAGUAACUGGUAUUUGUAAUUAGAACAUCAAUCCUUUUUAGAAAAUUUCAUAAUUUAUUUUGCCCCAAUCGCAUGUAAAAAUAAUUUUUAACAUUUAUUUUUUAAAAUCUUGAGUUAAAAUUCUCUCCCUUCCUCCCUUCCCUCCCCCAGAUUGAGAAGGCAAGCAGUUUGAUAUAGGCUAUACCUGCACAGUCAUGCAAAACAUAUUUCCACCUGAGUUCUGUUGUGAAACCACAGACCACAAGAAAAACAAGAGAAAUAAAGUUACAAAAAAAGUAUGCUUCAAUUUGCACUCAGGCUUCUUUAGUUCUUUCUCUGGAGAUGGAUAGCAUUUUCAUCAUAGGUCCUUCGGAAUUGUCUUGGAUCAUUGUGUUGCUGAGAAUAGUUGUGAUUCACGGUUGAUCAUACAAUAUUGGUGUUACUGUAAACAAUGUAAAACAAAAAUCCUUAAGGAUAUUAGCAACUUUACCAUGGUUCUACUACAUAAAGUAUGCCCAGGUAGGUUUAGAAAUUAACAGAGGUGACAUUCUUUGUAACCAGAGUCUGUCCUAACUGUUAUAGAUGCCUAGGAAGGUAUUUGAAAUUGGGGGAUUUUUUUGUUUCAUCAACAUUUUUAAGGCUUUUUUUUUUUCAUUUUGAGGUUCUUCCUGGAUUCUUCUUGUGGCUCUCAGCUUAAAUUUUUCAGCUUUGUACUCAGUUUAUAUGGCAUCACUAUAUUUUUUCUCUGAAUGUCCUUUUUAAGAAAUCAGAUAGUGUGUAUUUGAAUAAAACUCAACAAAGUAGAUAAAAUGUUAAAAGAGAACAUGAGAAAAGCAAACCAGUAAAGUAUUGACUGUUUUACUUUGUUCAUAUGCUAUUAAAUGGUGAAUGGUAUUUUCUUCCCCAAAAUAGUAUAAUCCCUUUAAGUCAUGGAGUAAUGUAAAAUGGAAAUAUAUCUGAAAUUAACAAAUUUCUACUUUCUGUGAUAUGUAUAUUUUUUAAAACUUGUGAUUUUUUUUGUUUUAAGUAGCAGAUGCAAUCUUCCCAAUGUUAAUUCAACUUUUAAACCUCCUUUUACUUUAAUUUUUUUUUCAGGAAAAAAAACCCAGUAAAUCAUGCUGGUAUUAACUAGCAGUUAUUUUAGGGAAGGUAGUAAUAUGGAAUGGAAAUGAUAUGCACAUUAAGGUGAUAAAUCAACAUAUCCUUGGGUUCAGUAGAACUUUUAGCAAAAAGAGAAGGGAGAAAUACUUAGAAAUACUGAAUUCUAACAUGAGGGACUGAUCAUUCUGGCUAAACUUUAGGAAAGUGGUAUGUCAAUGAAGACUUUUAAAAAGGAUUGUAACUAGGGUCCUGAGCUAGUUACAAAUGAAAUUCCAUAGUUAAACCUUGUAUGUAAACUUGACCUUUUUUUAUAAAUUAAAUUUAGCCCAAGAUGUCUAAAUUGCACAUUUCACUUUGUUGUUGAAUGAAAAUGGGACUGGAUUCCUAAUGUGCCUCAGACAGACAAGCAAGGAACUAUGGCCAUUUCCUUUAAAAUUAUCUAUUUUCCUUUACUUUAGUUCUACCCUGGUUUUUACUUUGGGCAAAGAGUUGUACUGCUUGAGUUUCUCAUUUUCUUGCCUUUAAAAAUUCUCAGACUAGGAGAGUUCAAGACAGAAUUUGCAUCUGUGGAAAUGAAAUCUUUACAUAGACCAGGAGUAUGAGAUAUACCCUAGAGAUACCACUCUAGUGAUAUGUAAGGAAAUCUAAAUCCCCAUUGAAAAAACUAUACCAUGACUCAGAAGAAAAUUAUCCUUUACUUUGAGAUUGUUGAUUUCAUUUAGAAAAUUUUUCAUUACCUGGUGAUCCUAGAAUAGCUGUUAGUAAAGGGCCCUUUCAAGUUCUUUUUCCCUCUCAGUUUUGCCAUGAUUAACUGAAGAGUUGGGAUCUCUUAUUUGAUUGUUUUCAAUAAUGCUGCUUAGCUUGAUGCUAAGAAAGACACAAAGGAAAGGUUAUAUUCUUCCUUUGUGCUGUGUAUAUAUUAAGAUGCUUUUUGCCUUUGUUAUUUAUAAAAAAGCCUUAUCAGCCCUCAAGGAGCUUGAGGGAGGAGAUGGUGCUUAUGGGGAUUUUGAACCUCCAAGCAGGAUCUUUGUAGCAUGCAAAGAAAUGCAGUUGAUGUGACCUUGAAAUUGUGAGCACUGUUUCAGUGCUUGGUUAUAUUGGCAUGUAAGUGAUAGAAAUUAGAUCAUCUAUUUAAAAAGCUAUAUUUAUUUUUAAUGCCUUUGAAAUUAUAGCAUGUUUUAAAUGGGGAGAUUGUGAUGACCAUUUGUGGUCCUGGUGAUGGAGAUAGAGUGAAUGUCUCUUUGGGUAACUGAAAAUUAUAAAUUUGCCAAAAGAAAUAAAUUAUGAUGUCUAUAAAUUGUA